AUGAGCGACUCUCAAUCAGGAAACGCGGGGGCAGAGGGUGCCAAUCGCAAGAGGCGACCUUUCUGUUUUGAGGACGAAGACAGUUUCGACGCAGUGGAUACUCGCGCCCCGGUUACAGUUAAGAAUACGGCCGAUACUCGGCAGGAAGAGCCAGGCAUUUUCGAUAUGUCCAUAGAGGACAUGAUUAGAGAAAGCCGUGGCGGCAUUGAUACUGACGCUAACGCUGCAACUCUAUCACGGACCGAACACAAUGAUGUAGAUGGUCUCUUCGUUUCCAGCGACGAGCCUCAAGAGACCGGUUCCUUUCGAGCCAACAAAGUCUCCAUCAAAUCUGAGGAGUGUUCUGAUGACGACCUCGAUUGGAUGAUCAUUGACAAGGAUACAGCAUCCACUGGAGCUCAAGCGAAAUGGUCCAAGCCAAGUGGUCCUUGGAUCGUCGACCUCACUUCACCGUCGAGAGUCAAGAAAGAACCAGCCGCCGAAACCCAAUGCAGUUCUAUGGUUCAGGGCAAUGAAAUGCAGAUCAAGCAAGAACCCGAGGCAGAAGCUACCGCUCACGGAUACACCUCUUUCCAAGACAACUAUUCUUUGGUCAAAGAACUAGAGAAAAGGAAAGAAGAGUUGCAAUCGAAAGCUCUCAAUGGGGCGCUAAGUGUGGACGACAUCUCCGAGAUGUGUGAGGUCAUCUCCGACCUCAGUAAAGCUCAAGAGGCGCUGAGUAUGGACAAUACCGCAGCCAGAGUGGUGCCGGAACAAGAAUCUGGUGAAGGCAAUGGGAGGAAAGCGAAGAAGUCAAAUCCUCCAAUCAAAACUGCAGCAGACUACUGGGCUCGAGAAGAAGAAAAAGACCGCAACCGCAAGGCGAAAGGAAAGAAAAGAUCCGGAGUAUAUCAAGGCAGCUCAAGCGACAUUAAGCGGGCGAGGACAUCGAAUAGAAGUCUGAGAGAAGAACAAGAAGAAGAAGAACAGGAGUCCAAAGAAAUUGAACGUCAAAUCAACAACAUACUUCAUCAAACCGACGCGAUCCAGGAACGAGCGGACGCAGGUGACUUACCCGCUGCGCCAAUCAUCACCGCGACCAGAAGAGCCGACCAACUGAAGCAAAUGAGAAAAUCCGCACCAGGGUACUUUGCUCCCAAGCUUUUGGAUGAUCAGACCAGGGAGCUUCUGGAAGCAACCAAGGCUUGGGGCCCACGUGCUGUUCGAUGCAAAAAUGGCAUUUGGGAGGUCAAAGGUCUUCGGUCUCUAAUGCUCCAUCAUCAGCUCAUCGUUGGAGCCUGGAUGAUGGGCCGAGAGCUGAAGACAACGCCCAAACGGCCAAGGGGAGGCAUUCUUGCUGACGCAAUGGGCUUAGGGAAGACCAUCGAGACCCUUUCGUGCAUUGUGGGCAAUCAGGCAUCGGAGAAACUUCAAGAAGCCGGGAAGGGAGCAACACUAGUAGUUGCCCCUUCAGGACAGAUGAUCAGUCAAUGGAUGUCUGAAGUCAAGAAGCACUGCAACAAAAAGUUCGCCAAGAAUAUCAUCCAUUUCAAAGCUGGUAACAAUAUGGAUCUUGAGCAGUUGUCUUCCUUCAACGUGGUAUUCGCUAGCUACCAUCAACUCAGGGCAAGCAUCCCUCACGCCAAGGAGAGGGUAGAGAUGAUGAAGCGGAUUGUCGACCCUGUGAAAUACCAGGAGUGGCUGGAAGAGUCGACCGGUGUUCUGCAUCAAAUUGAGUGGCACCGGGUGGUGCUUGAUGAAGCUCACGCGAUCAAAAACCAUCAAACCCAUUCUGCAUUCGCGUGCUUCGAGCUAAAGGCCAAGCACCGUUGGGCAGUGAGCGGAACACCGCUUAUCAACGCAGCCAGCGAGUUUUUCUCCUACUUGAAGUUCAUACGAUGUCAUGGAAUCCAGGAGUUCAGCGACUAUGAGCGCGAGUACCGCGCAGGUACUCAAACCCGAGUAAAGCACAACAAACUCAUCUUCGAGGUCAUGUACAGGAGAACUCAAGGCGACUAUUUCCUGGGUCAACCGAUUCUGAACCUGCCAACUACUAAUCCCACCCACCAGUAUCUGACUCUUUCGAAGGAGGAAAUGGUGGUUUUCAAGAUGAUGGAGGGAUGCUUUCGUCGGGAAAUUAACCGAGACCUUGCGAACGGGAAUGCCAUGAAGCAAAUGAGGUGCUAUCUGGUCAUGCUACUUCGGUUACGCCAAGCUUCGACGCACCCUUUCUUACUGGAAGGCAUGAUGGCAGAGUAUUUCACUCAGCAUGACUUGCAAACCACUAAGAAGCAAUUGGAGAACCUCAAAGGUGGCAACACCGUCUACAAACAGAUCGGCUCUUGGACUCAGAGGCACCGAAUUGCCAGCGACCGCGUCAGAAACGUCAUCGAUGAAACAAACCGGCUCAACCAGCAGCAGCUUCUAGACGACAGCAAAGAGCUGCUCGACGCACAUAAUAGCCAGACUAUUGAGCCUGUUCACGGCAACAUUACGAACCAAGGUCACCCUCAGCAAAAUGCUAGCGAGCAUGCUAUUGUGACAGACGAUAACUCUGAUGAGGUCAACAGCCAAGAUGACGUAGAAGAAGACGAAGAUGGCUUGGUUCCGGAGAGUCAUCUUCCCCCAAGAGUGCAGCCAGAAGAUGUGGCAUCCACGGAGGUCGAGGCGGAAGAGCCACGGCUCCAGCCUUUUGGUCGCAGUGAUUUUGGACUGGCAUUCGACAUGUCCGAACAGCUAGCGUACCUCGAAAAGGUCAUGGAAAUGAAGAAGUCUGCAUGCGUCGUUUGCCGCAUAAAGCCCCCUUUGAAUCCUGUGAAGGGAACAGGCAGGAAUUGUCCAAAAUGUCGCAAAAUCAUUGGCUACCCGAAGCCACUUACACCGUUCAACAAUGAAGAUGAUGAUGAAAUUGCAGAAUUUGCUCCGCAGAACUCCAAUGAUAAGGAGUAUGCAAAAGGGUUUGACCAUACUGGAUUCCAGCAUACAGAAGAUGACAAGGACGACAAGCAUGCAGUCAGAUUCCUACAAGUGGCAGACAGACGUCCCUAUUUGCCUGUCACGCCUAGUGCCAAAACGACAGCACUGAAGGAGACAAUAUUGAGAUGGCAGGCCGAAGCUCCAGACGACAAGAUAAUCAUCUUCAGCCAAUUCAAUGUCGUCAUGAAGAUCGUGGGCCGCAUGCUUGAAGCAGAAAAGAUUGACUUCGCAUACCUUAGCGGCAAGCAGAACACCGAGCAGCGCAACAGGGCCGUUGACGAGUUCCAAAAUGGCGACAAGAUCAAGGUUCUCAUUGUGUCGCUUCGCGCAGGUGGCCAGUGUCUCAAUCUCACAAAGGCAAACCGCGUCAUCCUCAUGGAGCUCUGGUGGAACCAUGCCGUGGAGCAGCAGGCCUUUGCCCGCGUCUUCCGAAUCGGUCAAAUCAAGGAGACUCAUUUCGUGCGCUUUAUCGUCGAUACACCGAUUGAGCAGCGCAUGCUGCAGAUGCAAGCCACCAAGAUUCUUUCGAUUGACGCAGCUCUACAAGACGAUACUACCAGAAUGCCAAAGAUUACCCUCAAGGACAUUGCCAGCCUCCUCGGUAGAGUUACAGAAAGAGACGGAGUCAUGCACAUCUCAGCCGAUUAUGAUGAUGGUGAGGAUGAGAGCGACGAGAACGAUGAUGAAGAAGAUGAAGAGAGCGACCUCGAGGGUUUCGUUGUCCCCGAUGACGAAGUGGAGGAGAGAGAGAAUCGGAUGUUGGCGAUUCGGACGCGGAUGGCUUCACUUUCCGAUGACUCAGAGGAGGAAUGA